AUGAAGGAGCAAUGUUUGAUUGCCUGUGUUGCAACAAGGUCAUGCCCUGUCUGCUGUGCACAACCACAUGCUGAUGGAACAACAAUUCGAGGCCAUUUGACUGCCAAAAAACGUACUGGAGCAUCCACCUUACAUGUUCUGAGUAAGGUUAGGGCAGAAAACCCAGAUGCCCCAAUUUGGAGGUUUUGGUCAUUGGUGUAUAAAGAAAAAUGUGGAGUUUCUGGUUAUGUGGAACACCCAUUUUGGGAGGAUCUGGAUGUAGGACCAUCUCAGUUCCUGCGUCAAGACCUCCUACAUGGUGCACACAAAUUCUUCUGGGAUCAUCCAUGCAAAUGGAUCGCAAGGCUGAUAGGGGUUGAAACACUUGACAGGCGUAUUUCUCUUCUCCCUAAAGAAGGCCGUUGCCAGUUCAAAAAUGGCCUCUCAAAGUUAAAGCAAGCAUCUGGGCGAGAGCACAGAGAUGUUCAGAAAUACAUUGCACCAGCAUUGGCUCAGGCACCAAAUGUUUCACCUCCCUUUACUUCCCUCAUCAUUGCCCUCCUCCAUAUCAUCUCAAUCCUCCAGCUCCCCAUGAUUGAUGAUCACAUCUUGCAAAAGCUUGAUAAGCAUCUGGAAGCAAUGUAUUCCAAUGCUGAUGAGCUUAUCAACCUUGGCAUCCGAACUAAUCUUUGGAUACCAAAACUCAUGGCUCUUGCACACUUCCAACAGGACAUCAUUCUAGGUGGGGUUCCAAGCAAUUGGAGCUCUGAGACACCUGAAACCCUCCAUAAAGUGCUGCCCAAAUCACUCUAUGACCAAACAAACCAGCGAAACUUUCAACUCCAAAUG